ACUGAGCUACUUUGCGUGUCUUGCUUUCUCGUCCUCACCCAUCUAUAUCAGCUCUCAUCCGCUUUCCGGGAUCACUUUUUGCUGAAGUACAAUCGCUGUCCCACGUUUGCCACAUUCAACCUCUCCACCUGCUCCCCAGCCCUUCAGUAUGGCCUCCUCGAUAUAUCGCCUCGGAAACCUCAGUCCUCAGGCAGUUGCGGGGAUCCUUUGCUCACUACCGUUAGCUGCGGGCAUGUUCUACAUCCUGUCUGCGAAGACUGGGAUCUUCGCCUCGCGUCCUAGAGACUAUCUGAACGAGAUAAGGUGUAGGCUUCUCUACGUAUUCACGGAACUCCUCAUGGGGGUGAUCAUCUUGACCUAUGUAAGGCAGUCUCUCGGUUCAGUCAGAGCUCAUCAAGUCUCAUUACGGAAUGCUGACCCUCCAGGCCUGGGAAUUAUCUUGUGUCUCCCUCGUACCUUUCCUGCGAACAGUAAUAACCUGGGUCGAAGGCACUGUAAGGACCUUUGUGUGAAUGUAUCCCUAGAGAUACCCUACCGGACUAACGCGAAUUUCUUAUCCUAGGUAUAUCUGUUAGGCUCAGUGAUCUUCUGGUAUAUCUUACUGUUGGUUUUUUUGAAGCCAAGAGGAGUCCUACGCAUCCCCC